CAGAAAAUCAUAUAACAACUACAAAUAUAUAGGUGACAGCAACAGUGAGUUAACAGUGCAUCAAAUUCCUGCAAGACCAUGUCGAAGAACGUGGACGAGGUAGCUGCCCUUCCAGGACACAGGUUGUAUAAAGACUACCUGAUACCCGUGUUUACACAAAUGCACGAGGAUAUCAACGACCAUAUGGAAAAAACCAAGAAUUUCAGUUCCCGGGAAACGGACGUUCUGAUCUGUACAUUUCCAAAGUCAGGAACAAACUGGAUAAAUGAAAUAGUUGGAAUGAUGGUGAAAGGUCGAGCCGAGUACAGCAAAUCCUAUAAACUAGUUGCCAUGUUGGAGAGGAUGUCUGACGUUACCAGCUUAUCAAACCUUCCGUCGGACUCCAUCAGGGUAUUAAACACCCAUCUUCCUUUCCCAGAUCUGCCCCGGAAACAUGUCGAGGGCGGGUACAAGAUAGUUCAUGUUGUGAGAAACCCUAAGGAUGUGGCAGUGUCUUAUUACAAUGACACUAUCAAGCGGAAACGAUGCCUACCGGAUGGCCAAGUCAUUACCCCACCAGAAUGGUCAGAGUGGCUAGAACGCUACUGUCGUCCUCCACACAAAUAUAGUGGGUGGUUCAACUACGAAAAAGGAUUCGAAUCGGCCAAAGACAUCGGCGCACUUCGGAGUGUUUUUACCAUCCAAUAUGAACAUCUCAAAAUGAACCCCCUGCCAAUACUAAAGAAUCUGGCCGCCUACCUGGGUGUGGACCUCGCCGAGCAUACUCUGAUGGCUAUCAACGACAAGUGUUCCUUCGCAAACAUGUCCACUGCUGGGGCUCGAGCUAAAGACAACGCGAUACGACAAAUGUCCAUUGAUGGUUCCAACUUCAUGUUUCGCAAAGGGAUCAUCGGAGAUUGGAAAAACUGGUUCACUGUAGCACAGAAUGAAACUUUUGAUAAAAUUAUCGAAACAGAGAUGAAGGACUCGUCAUUGAGAGUUGUUUACGAGUAAUAUGUGACUCAUUUUGAUGGUCACUGCAUUCCGAAUGUACAUGCAUUUACUUAACUGGUAUUUGGAAAUAUUCGACAAAGGGUUUUUUUGUAAAUAAAAAAGUA